AUGCCACAGAACCAAACAACUCAGGUUCAAGGAAGGAAAAUGCAGAUGUGCCUAGUUAAUGGGGAGGGCAGGAGAGAUUCCAAAAACAAUUUGGAAAUGGUUGUAAUGGACACUCAAGGGAUUAAUACAGUUAACAGAGAUGAUACACCAGAUCUCCAAGGAUCCUCAUCUCAGAACCACAUAAAGCAGCAUGAUAGUUUCAUACCUAAUAUGAAGGACAUUGUUACAGGGGAUCAGACUCUGGGACUAACUCCUAAAGCAUUGGCCUUGGAGGAUACAAGCAAGGGGGAACAAGAGCUAAUGGUUGAAGUCAUCUCCACACCUCAAUCCAGGAAGAAAACACAAUCUAGAACUUGGAAAAGAACAGCCCCACCAUGGAGAUCAAAAGCCUAG